CUGCUGCCCCUCUCCUCGCUACAGCAACGCCAUCGACCUGUAAUGUCUGAGCGAGACGCGCAGAUUGCACAGCUCGCGAGUUUGACCGGCCUGGACGCUGCUACGGCCGAACGCUACUUGAACGCCUCCAACGGAGACAUUACACUGGCUGCAUCGCUCUUCUUUGACCAGACGGCCGACCAGCAAGACGCUUCUUCCGAGACCGACGUAGACAUGGCCGGCGACGAUUCAACCACCGACCCCAGCCAGAACAACGCUCCCCGGCCAUCGGGCGGCGGGCGCACGCUGGGAGGCGCACAUGUUCCCUCAUCUGCAGCUGGAGCAGCGUCAGCGUCGUCAGCGUCGUCAGCGUCGUCAGCGUCAUCGCAGCGCGGUGCUGGCCGCGGACAGCCGGCACAGCGGGGCGUGGCUGGUGCGAGGACUCUACGAGACCUGCAGUCAUCAGGCAGUGGCCCGGGACAUGCGCAUGACGAGGACGACGAGGACGACAACCCCGAGGACGACAACCAGGACUUUUUUGCAGGCGGCGAGAAGUCUGGGCUCGCGGUGCAGAACCCCAACCAGGCCAACCCCCGCGAUCAGAUCAACAACAUCUUGAAGCGGGCGCGACAGAACGCACCCCGGCCUGGGGGGGACGACGAGCAGCCGGCCCGCUCGUACUUUCGUGGCACAGGCACAACGCUGGGUGGCGACGAUGCUCCGUCGCGCAUUGUGCCCGACCCCAAUGCCAACAUCCCCGCCCCGCCCCCGCGCGCUCACCGCGAACUUCACCUCUGGCGUGAUGGCUUCUCGGUGGACGACGGCGACCUGUUCCGCUACGACGACCCGGCAAACGCACGCACCCUGGAGAUGAUAAACACGGGGCACGCGCCGCUGCACAUCUUGAACGUGGAACACGGGCAGGAGGUGGAUGUCGAGGUACACGCGCACAAGGACGAGGACUACAAAAAGCCAAAGAAGAAGUAUGUUCCCUUUUCAGGCACAGGCAACCGUCUGGGCAGCCCGACGCCUGGCUCGAGUGCAGCGGGUGCGACCAUGGCAGCAACAGCAGCAGCAGCAGCAGCAGGUUCGAGUGGCACGGCAGGCCCGACGUCCGAGGGCUCUGCACCACCAACGGUCGAGGUGGAUGCAUCGGCGCCGACGGUGACGCUACAGAUUCGACUGGGCGACGGCACACGGCUAACGUCGCGCUUCAACACUACGCACAGGGUCGGCGACGUCUAUGAGUUUGUGACGCGCGCCAGCACGGCUAGUCAGGGCCGCGAGUGGGCGCUUAUGACGACGUUUCCCAACAAGGAGCUGACGGACAAGGGCCUGGCGCUGGGAGACAUUUCCGAGUUCAAGCGUGGUGGCGUGGUGGUGCAGAAGUGGAAGUGAAGAGUGUCGGUCGGUCUGUACAGCAGCACAUGGCCGACUGAAAGAUGGGGUCAGCAGCAUGGAUGGGAUAAGAGUGCAUGGAUAGACGCGGUGUACGGCGAGGGAUGGGGGUGGUUUGUGGGUUAUGUACUACAUAGUUUGUGGGCUUGCGGUGUGGAAAAAGCUGGGCAGUGGGGGAGGGGCGCGACAUGAGUCGGGGCCAUGGCAGCAGGACAGUGGCCGAGAUAGCAGCGUGUGGUGGUAGCGAAAU